UUCAUAACCCAAAAAUAGACCUUGGCUAAACAGACUUGAGCGGAAGUGACUUGGUUAUUUGUGUACGAUUUCUUUAAAUUAACUUGGGUUACUUUACUUUUUCUUGUUAUACAUCACUUGAACCUUUGUUUACUUUCAGGUCCAUACACAGAUAAACAUCACUUUUCGUAUUCACAACGACAGAACAUCUCUUACCGCUAGUCGUGUUUAGUUGUUUAACUCCAUUAAUGUAAAACGAUUUUGUUUCUCUUGUAAGUACGAUUUCUCAAUGACCCAAAACUCCAAAGCAAUGGUACAAAGAAACACCAAAAAUUUAUUUACUCAAUUGGUAACUUAAUUUAAAAGAAAUAUACUAUAAAUAUGAAAAUUUUCAACUUUGAUCAGACAGCAUCUUUGCGAUAGUGACUUUUGCACGUGGAGUAAAAAACCCGAAGAAAUGCUCCAGCCAGUUCAACGCCCUUACUCGAAUUUCGUCUUUCCACCACACAUUUCUUUAUUUCUAUUCACUGAUAAAUAAUGCUUGCUUCUCGUGUUUGCCGUUCUGGUCUUGGAUCUAUUCGCUCUGCCUUGUCUCUCAAGAUAGCAUCUCCUUUUCACGUACGCUCAUCUUGUAGCUCCAUUACCGGCUCUGUCAAUGCCUUUCAAUGGAGAGCAGCAAAGUUUUAUUCCACCAAACGUUUCACAAAACAACAUGAAUAUGUUCAAGUAGACGGUGAUAUGGGUACUGUUGGUAUCUCAGAGUACGCCGCUCAUGCCGUUGGUGAAGUCGUCUUCGUCGAGCUUCCGGAACAAGGGUCCUCCAUUGAAGCUGGUGAUGGUAUUGGUUCCGUUGAGUCGGUGAAAUCUGCUAGUGAUGUCUACUCUCCCGUAACUGGUGAAAUUACAGAGGUCAAUAAAAUUCUUACUGAUUCUCCUCAAAUAGCUGGUGAAGCUCCAGAAGGUGAGGGUUGGCUUUGUAAAGUGAAACUCUCUUCUCCGGAGGAACUCGAAGGCUUGCUGACCAAAGAGGCCUAUGAUGAAUAUUGCAAUGAAGUAGAUGCUACCCACUAAUCUAAAGCAUAAUUUGAAUGAUGGUUUCACUCUAUAUCAUUAAUAUUACUUUUAAACCGUAUACUGCAAGUACUGCAAGGCAAUGAGAAACGAAAUGGAUGUUGUUUAUUACCGGUUUAUCACUUAUCAUUUUUAAUUAUGUGAAAUGCAAUUUUAACCUCCCAUCACUGAAUAGCAUACGUAACUCAACAGAUUUAUCUUUUUUUCUUGACUGAUUGUGCAUGCUCGCCUAUCCAAACUAAACUAUUCAGUUUGUUUUCUAGCUUUUUUGGAAUCGAUCACUUCAUACGCAGCAGAGAGGCAACUUUUAUAAUCCUUCAUUCUUUCCGCCGCUACUGGUGUCUAUAUUUUCCUAAUAAUAUCAAGUUGUUUCUAUAUCUUACGUUAACUCGUAUUUCUA